ACAAGAUACAAAGAUAUCUACACUGAAUUUGGUAACAGUUAUGGGAGGAAAUUUCACUGUUAAAUUGGCUGUGUCUGUAUAUCUAGCUUUAGUGGUUUUACUGAUUUUUCGAAUUGGACAAGGCAACCGAAAUAAAAGACAUACCACCGAAGCAAGUGACAUGAAAACAAAACAAUUACAGGGAUAUACUGGAACACGGUUGCCGCGCAUUAGACAGGAAACUGAAAUCAAGCGCAUGCCAAAUUACUUUGGUCCAGGUGCAAAAGGCGAAAGAAUAUCAAUUCCACGUGAUGUUACCAAGAAGUAUGAAUCAUCUAAAAACAAAUCUUUGCUUUAUGGUGUUAACAACUUUAUAAGCGACAUGAUAGGAAUUAAAAGAAUACUUCCAGAUAAAAGACCAGAGAAAUGCAAGGAGAUAGAGUACCCGUCUGACCUACCGGAAGUCAGUAUUGUCAUCGUAUUUCGCGAGGAACCAAUCGCAAGUUUAUUGAGGACAAUAUACAGUGUGCUUGAAACUUCACCUGAUCAUCUCAUUAAGGAAAUAAUUUUAGUCGACGACGGGUCCCAAGAUAUUUACUUUAAAGCUGCAGUAAACGUUCAUGUCGCAAAUGUAGAGAAAUUAAAGCUUUUAACAAAUAAUCAGACGCUUGGAUUAAUGCGGGCAAGACAAAGAGGUAUAGAAGCGACCCAAAGUAAAUAUUUUAUUGUCUUAGAUGGACACAUAGAAGUGACUCCUCGGUGGUUAGAGCCUUUACUAUACCGACUGGUUCAGGAACCAAACGCUUUGUUGACGUCACAUAUCGGAAAUAUGGAUCGUGAAACAUUUCAAUUACAAAUCAUGGCAAAAAAUGAUAUUGCUUUUAUGUUCUUUGAUCAGAUAACUUUAAAUGAGUUAUGGGUACAUUACUCUGACAACUUCCGGUUGAGUAGGAAUGGCAGCGUAUCACCAAUACCAUAUGGCAUUGUGCCUGGUAUGAUGACGGCCAUGAGAAAGGACUUCUUCCUUCGACUCGGUGGGUUUGAUCCUGGCAUGGAGAUCUGGGGAAUUGAGCAUAUGGAGUUGUCAGUAAAAGUAUGGCUAUGCGAUGGACUGGUAGAAAUGGUUCCUUGUUCUAUAAUAGGUCAUGUAUAUAGACAAACACCAUGGCAAUCCUUCCAUCCAAACGCGCCAUAUAUAGCAAAGAAUAUGUUGCGUUUCGCACAUGUUUGGAUGGAUGGAGACCUUCAGAAGUUGGCUUUACAGCUCCAGCACAAGUCUAAUUUAAGUGCUUGGCCUGAUCCCGGUGAUCUUCAAGAUCGACACAGGAUACGCCGAGAAAAUAAUUGCAAACCAUAUCAAUACUACAUUGAUAAAAUUCGGCAACUGACGAACACAUACAUCCCAAAGAGUCCUCGCAUAGUGGGUGUUGUAAGAAACGUUAAGACUAAGGCGUGUCUUGACCAUGCUGUCAUUGAUGAAAAAUUCCUUUUAAUAAGUUAUGCAUGCUCUGGAAACAAUAAUCAGUUUUUCGUUUUAACUGAAGGAUUUAAUAUUCGAGUGGAACGGUCGUGGCUUACAGUUAAACCGGGAACUUUGAUUCUAAAUCUAUUGCGAGACAUACAAGAUUGGUCAGGGCCUGAAUUUAAAUGGAACUUUGAACAAAAUGGAACUAUCAAGCAUUUAUUAACAGAAAAAUGUUUGACAGCCAGUGAAACGUCGAAUGUUACUCUAGAAGAAUGUACAGAUUCUCCCUAUCAAGUAUGGCAAUGGCCAGUGAAGCAAUGACUAAAAGCUAAAACUACAUGACUAAACUCUCUGUUUUAUUCCCAUUUAUUUGAUAGCGACUAUUUAAGUGGAAUUUCCAAAGAGUUUUAAAUAUUUUUAAGAAAUACAUCUUCAUUUGUCAUUAAAUGUGGACAAUAUUUAUCAAAACGCUAAUGUGUUGUUUACAUCAUGCUCAAAAGCUCUGAACCACGUUAGUAACGCAAUAAAAAUUAGUUCGUUCAAUAUUAACAGAAGAACCACUACAUGACUUUUUUCAUUUCGUAGCUAACCUCGGAUAAUCGUCAUCAGUAAUCAGUUGUUAUCGAUGACAUUUGUUCAUGCAAUUACAUGUAAUUAGUACUGACUACGACAGAGAACAAUUUGUUAUUAUAAUUACUUUCUGAGUUAUAUUCAUCAGAUUUGUUACAAGGAAGGGUCACCAUUCAGUAUCGUGUCGAGAGUUUUCAUCGCAAAAGUGCGUCGGAGUUGCCUGAAAUCUUUGGUAAUUGCCUAUUUGAUUUUGAUAUAUUCGCUUGUGAUUGGAAAGAGAAUCAUAUAUAGUGACGUAACUGAAAACGUGUGUACAUGUUUGAAUUCUUUUUGCAUAUUUCUUAAUCAAUCUUUACCUCAAAUUUCAUUAGAGGUUUAUUAGAUCCAAAUUUGGUAUCUGAAAAUGAAAAAAAAAUGUCUGCGUAUAGAUUUUGUAAUGUCUAAUUAUAUUAACAGUACUAUGCAUUAGGUUUAAAAUAGAACACACUUAAUACAUGCAGGGCUUGUACAACCACUUGAAAAACUGGAAGACGCGAUGUAUUUAAUAAUCGACUUGCACUGCGUGACAUUAAAUUAUGAAUGAAACUCUUCCUACAAUAAUAAUUAUAUACAUUUACAAUAAAUACAAUACAAAUACAAUGAAAUAUUUUUGUGAAAGAGGGGUAUUGAAUAUCUUUAAGAUACGAUUCUAAUUCGUAAUUCUUGUAAGUAACUUUUAAAAAUCGUUGUUUGUCAGUCUCGUCACUAAAUGACUUAAAACUAAGUCAAUGUUCUGUAGCUCAGUUUAUUAAAUGCGUACGGACAAGGGAAGAUAAAUUGACAUUGAAGAUAAAUUGGCAUACUUUUAACGUAAAAUUGCUUUUUGGAGGAAUGAGGAAAAUGUAGAACAAGUACAGAUAGGAAGUAAAUAAUCGUCACAACUUGAUGUUUUCAGUUUCCGCGGCAGAGUGGUUAAAGUUGCCGACUUCAAAUUUAUUGUCGCUAACCG